AUGGCGGUCGAGCGCUCAUACCGUCUCUGCUGUGGUCGCGAGGUGGACCUGGCCUCGACGCACUUUGCGCCGUCGGGCGGCGCAACGCUCGCGCGCCUGGACCACAGCGAUCCGCCGGGCGUGGCGCGCUUGGUGCCACGGCCCAUCGACGUGGCUGCGCUCGCGGACCGCGGUGCGACAGAUGCCGAGCCGGCGGAGGCACUGCCAUGCGUAUCGCGUGCAUUGACGCUCAACUUGGGCGUCGCUGUCAUGGAGUUUGAUGAUGGAUGGUGCCGCCCGCGCAUCAGCCACACUGAGCGCCUGGACACGGCGCUCGACCGCGCGCUGGCGCCCGAGUGCUUUGCCGACAAUGAGCCGCUCGACAGCGUGGCGCGCUUCAUCAGCCUCGCCAAGCGCACGCGUGCCGAGGACACACAGGCGGCCUGUGCCGCUUGCCGGACCAUGAGCCUACAGCCCGCUCGAUCCGACCCGCAGGCCAGGCCCAUCGUUUCAGUCGCUGCUUGGUGCGAUGCCGCGACAGGCGAGCCGAUUGGGGCGUGGCAUUGUCACGGCCUUGACUUGGUCGCGAGCAUGGGCCAGGCCGCUGAUGCUUUGCCCCGGCCAGUCUAA